AUGUUGAUUCCUCUUGACAUUGUAAACUACAAUUUGGGUUCCUCUUGUCUAAUCAUCGACAUUUCUAUCUUGUGUCUGGGAGCUAUGAGAUCUGAGUGCGUGCCUACAUGGACGAAGCAUGGGGUUGCUGAAGAGAUGGCUGUCUUACGGACCUUGCUGCAUGCACUUACCAUUUGGAUAGUUCUGUUGCUUGGUUUCUGCCAGGGCCUCUGCUGCAUGCACUUAUAUAUCCUAAAGGACCAACAUAAGAAGGUCCAGGGAUGGAGAUUCCUGGAUGCACUGGGUAUUACUACACCUUGUCUUGACUAAAAAGAAACGGAAGGAGUACAAGUUUUGACUGAGACAAAGCAUUGUCCCUUGCCAGUUGCUCCCUCUAUCAAGGUUUUAAGGCCACUUAGUCUGGUUAUAAGUCAAAACUGUUUCAAAUUCGAGCAAGUUUGUAGAAGAAAAUACCAACAUGCAUUAUACCCAUAAAUACAUUACGAAGACUUAUUU